AUGGUCUUUCCCAAACCGAACGGAUCUCUUCACCAGAUCGAAAAAUCCAUUGUCGAAACGCUCCGCUCGUCUCCGCGAUCCUCCAACCCUUUCCUUAUCACCGAGCGCCAGGGCGAGAAACAACUAUGCAUCCAAUCGAGGAGUUUGCGCGUGACCGAUUUCGCGCUCCUCAAGACCCUGGGGACUGGCACUUUCGCUCGUGUGUGGCUCGCAAGGCUCAAGGACCAAAAAGACAAGAACAAAGUCUAUGCCCUGAAAAUCCUUCGAAAGGCAGAUGUGAUCAAACUCAAGCAAGUGGAACAUGUGCGCAACGAACGGAAGGCCCUCGCAGCGGUCAUCGAUCACCCCUUUAUCACCACCCUGAUCGCGUCUUUCUCGGACGACAAGAGCCUCUACAUGCUGCUGGACUACUGCCCUGGAGGCGAGAUAUUCACAUAUCUUCGCAAGCAACGACGCUUCAGUGAGGAAACUUCACGAUUCUACGCCGCGGAAAUCACAAUGACAAUCGAGUUUUUACAUGAUGUCCAUGGAAUUGCCUAUCGGGACCUCAAGCCAGAGAACAUUCUGCUGGACGCCGAUGGUCAUCUCAAACUCGUUGAUUUUGGAUUCGCGAAACAAGUCGACAACCGUGAGACAUACACGCUCUGCGGCACACCGGAGUAUCUCGCACCGGAGGUCAUUCAAAACAGUGGACAUGGCCUCGCAGUAGACUGGUGGGCGCUUGGAAUCCUGAUUUACGAGUUCCUGAUUGGCCAGCCCCCAUUCUGGGAUCAAAACCCUAUGCGGAUCUAUGAGCAGAUCGUCGAAGGUCGCCUACGUUUUCCCCCGAACAUGCCGCCCGCAGCGCAGAAUAUUGUCUCCCUUUUGUGCAAAACGAAUCCAACGGAACGACUCGGUCACAUUUCAGGUGGUUCAACCCGAGUCAAGUCGCACCCAUUCUUCCAAGAUGUCAUCUGGGACGAUCUGUUUUACCGCCGGGUGAAGGGGCCUAUACUUCCCCGCUUAUCGCACCCCGCGGAUACUGGAAACUUCGAAGAAUACCCGGAUCCCCCGACGUCAGACACGCCAACAUCUACACCGACGACCUGA